AUGUUAAGUCUAGUUAAUUUAAAAAAAUGCUGUUUGUGUACAAAGACUAUUGCUGUGCGAAGUUUAAACUCCUGGACUGGUGGUAAAAAAUACCUCGGAUUCACAUAUUACCCUAGAGAAGGUGAAGUUGACCCACCAUAUACAGCGACAAAAUUAUUCAUGGUUCAGAGAGUUAAACGUUAUUUAUAUAAUCCGUAUUGGCAAAAAAAAAUAUUGACCGACAUGGGCUUAGAUCAUAAAGGUAGUGAUAUAGCUAUUGUAAAAAAUACACCAGAAAUGAAUGCACGAUUGUGGAAAGUUAAACAUUUAAUAAAAAUAACACCAAUACAAACACCUGACGGAUUACCAGAAAAAGAAGAAUAUUGGGGUACACAUUUAGAUACUGAAGGUGUGUUUAGGAUUUCCAAGACAUUUUUACCUGAUACUAAGCGAUUAGAAGCUACUGAAGACUUUGAAAAAUUGGCCAAACGAGUUGAUAAAGAUACAGUGGAAAAAAAUUGUCGGAACAAGUGGUUGAAUCCAUGGUCAACUAUUGUAUAA